ACUCUUCUCCCCUCCUCUCCUCUCCCAGCUACUCCCUUUUCUCCCUCGCCUAGUCUCGCUAGUCCGGUCCUCCUCCUCCUCCUACCCCCUCCCCUCCUAUUGGCCCUCCCGAUUUCCUCCUCCUCAUCCCUUGAAUGACGCGGCGGUUGCUUCUUCUCUGAAUCCCAUCCAUCCAUCCAGGAGGCCGGCAGGGGCGAGACUCGCCGCCGACGCCCUUCUCCGGCGGAAAUGGCCCAACAUCAAGGAGUUCCUAAAUUUGGGAACUGGGAGGACGAAGGCCAAGGCUACACGCAGUACUUCGAAAACGCCCGCAUGGGCAAAUCUCCGGGGAGGCCUGUCAACCAAAACGAUCGCAAUGAAGGCGCUGCACAGGCACCCUCGAACGACCCGCCGUCGGUCAAGGCCUCCCCCUUGAGGCCGGGGUCCGAGCCGGGGCUGCGGAAGAACAGGGACGAAAGGCGUGCCACCCGAGAAGACGACCUCCGUCGCCACGAGGCCGCUGCCCGGAAAACGCAUGCCGAGUCACCUAACCACAGAUAUGGUGACCAGACCAACUACGACGGCGCUGCAAGGAAAGCAAGCAAUGAGAGGUCACCCAUCCAUCCUCGGCAGCAGGCAAGGCUUGCAAACAAAGGUGGGGUUUCAUCUCCUAUUGCGGAUCGUAGGGGUUCUGCUCCCACCACACCUGGAAGGUCCAAGAUGAGGCCAACCGGGCGCGGCGAUGAAACGCCCGAGAGAGGAUCAGCUGUGCCAAAGUUUGGAGACUGGGAUGAGAAAGAUCCUUCGACUGGUGAAGGUUUCACUGACAUAUUUGAGAAGGUGAGGGAGGAGAAGCAGUCCGGUGCGGAUACUGUCGGCACCAGCCAUGCAUACAAGGACCGCUACAACCAAGGGGACAGAUAUGAAUCUUCGGGCUGCUCAUGCUUCAGCUGGUUCAAGAAGUGACACCCACCCUGUCUGUAACAUACCUGUGGCGAUUGUAUCUUUGUGAAAUGAGUAGCCAAAUCUGUUGUUUUGUUGAGAUGUUAUGUUAUAGCGAGACAUGUAUCGGAGCAUGAAUUAUUCACAAGGCUGUGAUUCAGCAUUUUCUUGAGCAUUUGUAAUCAGUGGUUGGUUUCCUGAGUUU